ACCAGUUUUCUUCGGAAGUGAUCGCAGAAAGACCCGCACAAAGAGACGCAUGAACUCGGGCACGCUUUUGCUAUAGAGCGACACUAUUCACUCCGAGAAGGAAACAGCUUCAGUGUGUCACCGCUUGCGUAAGGAACAGAAAUUGCGCGAACGACUAUCGCGGAAGUCUUGAAACGCGCUGAUGAAAUUUCAUUAAUAACUGGACAGAAAGUAAACUGACGCAAAUUAGAUCAGCGGACCCGAGAGCGCGACCGAUCGGGAUCAUCGAAGUUGACUAUGGCUACCGAGGGAGAUCCCACCGACUUUGUGAAAGUGCUUCACCUUCUGGUCAUUUCCUUCACCUGGGGAAUGCAGGUGUGGGUGUCUUUCAUAGCAGGUUUUGUGCUGAUUUCCCAGGUAUCCAUGCACACGUUCGGCCUCGUGCAGAGCAAGUUAUUCCCAUUUUACUUCUACUUCCUGCUGGGUGCCAACGCGGUCAGUCUGGCCAUAUACGCCGUGUACCACCCUAGAGAACUGCUGGACUGGCACGAGAGCGUGCAGAUGAGCCUGUUCUUCGUGGCCGUGAUCAUGGCCGGCCUGAAUGCGCAGUGGUUCGGUCCGUCUGCCACGGAGUGCAUGCUGGUCAUGCAGGGGAUCGAGAGGGAGCACGGUCUGGGGAAUCAGGUGGGUAUGAGCUCCAAUAAGGAAGGAUACGCCAAACUACGCGAGAAGGACCCAAAGUACAAGGAGCACAGGACCACCUUCUACCGCUACCAUGGUCUGUCCAGCCUCUGCAACCUUAUAGGCUUUUUCUCCAUUACAGUCAACCUCAUUUACCUGGCCCUUCACCUGGGAACUAUAUGAGAGUCGAGUCUGACAGAUACUUGUCUUGUGUAUGUCCUCUCUGUCUGUUUUGUAUAACGAUAACGCUUCUAAUUUUUGUACAAAAAUGUUUAGCCUUCUUUUAAAGUUAAAAGAACAAAAUUCAGAUGCAACCGAACCGAAUCAAAAGUAGGUUUUUGCAUUCACACCGUCUUUAAAAGCGAAGUCCGAUCCGUUUUAUCCGUGCCCGGGUUUCAGCUCAGUUUGUCAGUGGCUUUCCUUUUUAAAUCAUUCUGCAUGAUUGUGAAUCGCUCCGAAAAUGUAUGAAACGCAUAUAUUUUGGGGUUUAUGAUUGCGUAAACACGCCCAGCCAUACGAAAAGAUGCUAUUAUGUACGUUAGCAGUAUUUCUCCUUACUUUCAAAAUGCUUCAAACUGGGUAAUUUGCAUUGAAUCUUUUGUUUAUAAUAAACAGACUGUCUAUUUAAAGAUACAGUAGUGAUAAUAUAGCCGUUUAUGAUUGUUUUAAUUUGUUGAAGUAUCCACUGUCAUUUGUUUUUGCCUCACUUUUUCACAAUGUGAACAAUGCAUGUGUUUUCCACCAGAGGGCUGUUUGUGAACAACGAGAGGAUCAGUUUUAGAUUUGUCUAUCACAAAAUGCUGUUUACAUUCCCAAUAGAAUGAAUGACACUAAAAUUGCAAUUAAGCUCCGUGCAAAAGCAAUGAAUAGUAACUGAACCUUUGAUCUUCUCUGUAAACUUGAUGUUUGACCAGCAAAGCAAACUCUUUUAUCGCUGGACGUGGAGGACGGAGAAGAUUGAAGACACACAAAUGUGAUUCACGUUGCUUUUUUUUCUACAUUUUCAAGCCUUUGUUGUGAAGAUUUGUUCAUCUUUACAGUUUGUUUAAUCAAUUUCCAUGUUAAUAAUGACAGUACAAACGUUGCUUGUGUGUACUGAAAACGGACAGAUAUUUUAAUCGACCUUGAAAAAGCAUUUGUUCCUAUAAAGACGCAGCAAACGUG